CGCCAAGGAUGUUUGUGCGUGCCUGGCACGAUCGCUGUUACAUCGCGAUCGCUGUCAUCGUUGUCGUUGUCGUCGUCGUGGACGUCUUCGAUUGACAUUGUUGCCCGAGUUGUGUUUUAAUCGUCGUCGACGCGAUAUAACGACCGAGACGGUGAAUUGCCAAUCUAGAUUCGAACGGAGUCAGCGAUCCCUGUCCGCGAGAUGUCAAGUCAAAUAUGCCUGAAGUGGAACAGUUUUUUGAACAACAUCGCGACCAGUUUCGAGAGCCUUUGGGAAGAGGAAGGUCUCGUCGACGUGACCCUGGCAAGCGAUGGACAAUGUCUUACGGCCCACAAAGUCAUCCUCUCUGCCAGUAGCCCGUUCUUCAAGAAAGUUUUCCAGACUAACCCGUGUCAGCAUCCAGUUAUAAUAUUGCAAGAUGUACACUUCAGCGAGUUGGAAGCCUUACUUAUAUUUAUAUACAAGGGAGAGGUGAAUAUAGAACAGAAGAACUUGCCGGCUUUGCUGAAAGCUGCGGAGACCUUGCAAAUCCGAGGACUCUCUGGCGGAGAUAUAUUCGCUAAAGAGUCUUACAAGAGAUUGGCCGAAUUGGAACAAGCCGUGGAAGAGGAAGCAGGCACUGCCAAGGAAGACGCGCCGAAGAAAAAGCAAAAGUUGAAGCAUCAGGCCAAUUCUAUCCUGGAAACUGUACUGGCACCCAGUGUAUCACAGUUGGAAAACACAGACGAGUCGACCACCAGCGAUCAAAGUGGAAAAGAUGGGGAUUAUCCGUCGCAGAAAACUGUUCAGAAUCCGGUUUACCAUCGUUUGGAAAUGAAGAUCGAGCCACUGGAAUCGGCAGUUGAGGAGCUUCAGAAGCAAUCGGCAGUGGACAAAGAUCCUGUGGAGAGACUGGACACCGGGCAAGUCGAGGGUAACCAAGGGUCUGGGAACAGCCCUGCUGAAGACAUUUCCGGUUUAUCUGGGUUAUCCGGCCUAACUGGAUUCUCGGACGUGAAGCCGCUGCUUUACGCGUAUCAGCAGCUACCUUACGCCGAUCUUCUGCCGAGCCCGGAGAUUAUUUCAACCUGGGCGACUUCUCGACCGAUGGAUCAUUUGGCCUGUGACCUUAUGAAGAUCCUCUUUACCCCGGAGGAGAGGAUUCUCUGUAACGUAAACGGCAAGAUGGGCAAACAGCAGUUCGAUAGUAACAAAAUACAUUUGAUAAGGGAAGUUCUGUUGCACUUUAGCGGUAUCGCACCCAAUAGCGUCGAAUGGGAGGAGACAUGGAAGAACUGCGUGACCAAGAUCGACACUAGCAAUAGGGGCUUGAAAAGAUAUUUGUUCCAGAGGCGGUCGUCUCGAUCUUCGAAGCCGAGCGUAACCGUGAUCGCCGAGGCGCGCGAGGUUUCGUCUCCUUCGCCGGAGCCUAGGACCUGUCCGAUCGGCCUCGAUCGGACUCCGUCCUCGAAAACCAUCGAGGAUGUCUACCCUUCGACGAACAUAUCGUGUUCAGAGUCGAUACCCGAGCAACGAGAACCCACGAAUCUGCUCGUCGAUCGAGAGGGCAGGGUUCUGCGAUCCGGCUUCCCGAGCUGCGCCGGUGCCGCUGGCAAUUCCGAUUUUCCGGAAGAGAAAGGAAGUACGGCAUACCCUCCGUUCCCUUGUCCCUUCUGCGACAGAGCGUACACGAGCUGGGGUUUUCGGCGGAGACACAUCAAAGCCGUCCACACGAUUUCGCCGUCUCUCAAUUGCAAAUGGUGUUUGCAGGUUCUGCCUACGCAUGCAGCUUGGAGACGACACGUGAUCGUGGCGCACAAUCUCUCGGCGGUCGAUGCGCACAACGGUCUCUUGAUCCUGGAGGAGGCGCACAUGGUUUUGCAAAUCGCGCGUCCCACCAGACUGGACACUUUAGUCAACAUAAUUAAGCAAACUUCUCAGCAGAGCAGUAAUCAGGACAAUCCACGGUCCAACAAGGGCUGAGAUCGUUUGCACCGCGCAAUCUGUAACGUUUCCUUCUAUAAACGGUUCCCGGAAACAAAAUUGUAUAUCGCGCUCUCGACGUUCGUCCAACGAGAGCCUAUCUUAUGUUUCAAAUCGUGACGUUAACGUAUGUAUAUUUAUUUGUUAACGAACCAAUUCUGCGUUCAGAGGAACGCACCGAUUUUACACACUUCGUAUGGGAUUGUACCGACACGACGAGUCGCGCGCUAACAAAUUUGUUAUUGAAUGAAAUUGGAGCGUUCUCGACAAGUGCCUCGACGCGCAGCUCGCGACUGUUGUUUCCUUUUCAUUAAGUUUUUAUAUGUGUAUAUUGUCGUUAUACAUUCUUUGUACGUGUACAUAUUCGCUUCGAUAGUCAUCGCCUACGGCCAGUAUCGCGCUGUGUUGCGCACAGUACUUUUAUUGUUGUAUUAACAAGAAUUUUAUACACGCAAUAAAAAUUGUAGGAAUAAACGUUUAACGCGGGACAAAAUAGGAAUAGGACCUUUUUCGCGCGACCGUAAAUCAAGCGACUAUUCGUAUAACCUGUUUGUUAAUCGUUUAUUCUUUAAAAUAUUCUUGACAGUAUCGUGCAUCAGUCGAUUGAAACUUUUAUAAAUAUAUUUGCUCGUAAAACGUGACGGGAAUUUCGUGCUUUUAUUUGAAACCGAUCGUGCAGGGUCGUGAUUACUUUUUUGGUAAUUUGUUGCUAUCGGUUACGUGAUUCGUUCGAUAAAUGAAUAUCGUUGCAUGCAGUAAAAUAAUGUGAAGGUGUUGCUUACAAAAUACACACGAAUUUUUAAUAACUCUUUGUCCCGGAACGAUCGCACGACGCGAACGUUCGCUGUCGUAUAAUUUCAUCGAGGUCGUCUGUUUGCAGGAUAUCUCUGUAAGUUUCAAUUUCGGUUUGCGUUUUCGUUUUUGUUUUUGUUUUCGUUUACGUUUACGUUCGGCCUGUUUGAACGUCGGUCGUGCGAUUUCGCUAGGCUCGGCCAACAUAAAAAGUGUGAUUAAAUAUUCGCGUCGGUAAGGAGCAUUGCUAACUGUUUGAGAAACUUGACGCGUUGUUCUGAAUGGAAACGUGUUCGAUGAAAGUUAUUGUACAUUAGACAGAGAUGUACCGGCUUCUCGAGGUACGGAAAUUACAAAACAAGUUCUUCACCGACAAACGACCGCGGCGAUAGAGAGUUCGUUUUCUAUUUUUGUUAUAAAUCAGAAAAAGAAACGCAAUAGAAAAUAUAUCGUAUGUACAUA